AUGCACUGUGCCAUCCAAAAUGCAGUGGUGCUGGAUGGGGCUCAUUUGAUGCAGAUCUUCUGGCAUGACGGCUCAGAGUCUCUCUACCCAGCUGUAUGGCUGAGAGACAAUUGCCCGUGCUCCGAUUGCUACCUGGAUUCUGCAAAAGCGCGGAAACUUCUCAUCGAAGCUCUUGAUGUGAACAUCGGUAUUAAAAGCUUGACGUUUGACAGAAAAAAGGUUUGUAUCACGUGGCCAAAUGAGCAUUACAGCGAAUUUGAAGCUGACUGGCUGAAGAAAAGAUGCUUUUCACAGCAGGCCAGAGAAAAACUCCAAAGAGAGUUAUUUUUGCCAGAAUGUCAGUACUGGGGCACAGAGCUCCAGCUACCUACACUGGAUUUUGAAGAUGUUUUAAAAAAUGAUGAACAUGCCUACAAGUGGCUCUCCAGCCUCAAGAAAGUAGGCAUAGUACGACUCACAGGAGCAUCUGACAAACGAGGACAAGUUUUAAAACUUGGGAAAAGGAUUGGUUUCCUUUAUCUCACAUUUUAUGGACAUACUUGGCAAGUGCAAGACAAAAUUGACGCAAACAAUGUGGCUUACACAACCGGGAAGCUAAGCUUUCACACUGAUUAUCCAGCCCUCCAUCAUCCACCUGGGGUUCAGUUUCUGCACUGCAUAAAACAAACAGUCACUGGGGGUGAUUCAGAAAUUGUAGAUGGGUUUAACGUAUGCCGAAAGCUCAAGGAAAAAAAUCCUCACGCAUUCCAGAUUUUGUCCUCCACUUUUGUGGACUUUACAGACAUUGGAGUGGAUUACUGUGAUUUCUCUGUACAAUCUAAACACAAGAUUAUAGAAUUAGAUGAUAAAGGCCAAGUGGUUCGCAUCAACUUCAAUAAUGCAACCAGAGACACGGUAUUUGAUGUACCUGUUGAAAGAGUUCAGCCUUUUUAUGCUGCUCUGAAGGAGUUUGUUGAUCUCAUGAACUGUAAAGAAUCCAAGUUUACUUUCAAGAUGAAUCCAGGUGAUGUGAUUACUUUCGAUAACUGGCGCUUACUUCAUGGCCGACGUAGCUAUGAAGCAGGAACUGAGAUAUCCCGCCAUCUAGAAGGAGCUUAUGCCGACUGGGAUGUAGUGAUGUCAAGGCUUCGUAUCUUAAGGCAGAGUAUCCAGAACAGAAACUGAAUAUCCUGUCUAUAAUUUCAGUUAAGAUUCCAAUUAUAAGAUAUGGCAAGGUUGUCUUCACAGACCAGGAUCCAUGUCAUUUACAUAUUAAUUUCUUUCACAUUGAACAUGUCAUCUUUCUUGGAUUGCUUUUCUCUUCUUCAUAAUCAUAUAUAAUGCCAAUUUUUUAGAUGUUUUAGCAGUGUUCUUUCCAAAUAAAGCAUUUCUUCUGCUCUA